CCCGCCCUGGCCCGCAUGGAGCUGGGCUGGGCGUGCAGCCUCUCGGUGUGGCUGCUCUUCCUGGGCAGCCUGGCGCUGCGGCUCCUGCGCGCGGACCUGUUGCUGAGCCGGCUGCUGCUGCUGCGGGUCGGGCUGCUGGCCGUCCUGCAGGCGCUGGGCCAGGCCGUCCUGCCGCUGCCGCUCAGCGCCGCCCUCACGGGGGCUGCCUGCUGGCUCGUCUCGGCCAGCAGCGCCCGGCGGAAACGGAUCCCCACCGGGGGCAAAGCGGUGCUGGUGACAGGAUGCGAUUCAGGCUUUGGGAAGGCAGCUGCCCAGCAUUUGGACAGGCUGGGGCUUACCGUCUAUGCCAGUGUGCUGGACCUGAAGAGCUCUGGGGCAGAAGAGCUUCGGCAGACGUGCUCCCCACGGCUGACCCUCCUGGAAAUGGACCUGACUAAAGCAGAGGACAUUCAGCGAGCCCUGCAGUUCAUCAAGGCACAGACCAGAAGGACAGGUCUCUGGGGCCUCGUGAAUAACGCUGGGUUCAACGACACCAUUGCCAAUGCAGAGCUGACACCGCUGCCCCACUUCCGCACCUGCAUGGAGGUGAACUUCUUUGGGCCCUUGGAGCUGACCAAAGGGCUGCUGCCCCUGCUCCGCUCAUCCCGUGGCAGGAUCGUCACAGUCAGCAGCCCGGCUGGCAAUAUGCCCUACCCCUGCUUGGCCAGCUAUGGGACCUCCAAAGCGGCUCUCAGCCUUCUGAUGGACACCUUCCACUGUGAACUUGCACCCUGGGGGAUCCGAGUGAGUGUGAUUUUUCCUGGGUACUUCAAAACAGGUGGCAGCUGUAACCCCGAGUACUGGAAGGAGAGGAAGGACCAGCUCCUUGCAACUUUACCUGAUGACCUUCUGGAAGCCUACGGAGAGGAGUAUCUUGAGGAGAUCAACAGGCAGUUUGUGGACUUCAUGAAGAUGGCUGUGGAGGACCUCAGCUCGGUGGUGGACAGCAUCACUGACGGGCUCCUUUCCACCAAGCCUCUGCUAAAAUAUUACCCAGGUAGAGGCCUGUGGCUCAUGUACUUCAUCCAUCAUUACCUCCCUCACACAGUCCGGGACCUUUUCCUAAAAACCUUUUUUAUCAAUCCAAAGCUGCCCCAGGGAUUGUGUCCCAAGGCCUGCCACACGCAAAAGCCGUUGUGAGAGCUGCUCGAGUUCUUUUGCACCAUUGCCAGAGAAUCUCUGGAGAAUGUUUCCUUUUUAUUCCACCCGUAUCCAGCUAGCUAGAAGAGGAAUUUGUUCCUAAAGAAACAAGCCAGGGCAAUUCUGUCAGUCCUGCGUUGCCUCCUACAAUGACUUUCGGGGUGGGUGGGUGGGGGGAGAUGGGAAGCACAAAUGCCCUGGUCCUCUACACAAGGCCCGAGACACCUGGGUGGGCAUGGAGGCAGCCUCUUUUCUAAACAAAGCCUAUCUGGACUUUCUCUCCCCAUCUCCCAAAAUGUGCCAAAGGAGAGGUCAGAAGCUGCUGCUAGCCGAAACCAAGAGCUUCUGGCCACCUCGUCUAUCAUAUACCUCCUUGAAAGUUGCCUCAAGCAAACUGAGCUACCUUCUCUUGCCACUUGCUGGUCGUGGCCUUUAGCUUCUUGAUGACCUCACCUCCUCUGUGGCUUGGGCCAGUUCUCCUCCUCCGCUGCAGCCCUCAUCAUCAUUAUGCAGGGACAGCAUCAAGGGGACCUCGCUGGUGAGCCAAUGGCCUGCCAUGGUUUUUCAAAAGGAGCACAACUGUAUUGUUACUUAGUUAAAUAAAUAA